AUAUAUCUACUUUUGUAAUGUUACAAUGGACAUUUUAGCAAAUGCAUUCCAAUACGAGCAAAUUAAGUUAAAGAAUCUUUAUAAGUAGCGCUGACAACACAGAUGCGCCGCCUAUAUGAUACGAUUGAAUAUAUAUCGAUUAAAGGAGAAAGACAUCCCGGGACACGCUUUCGCUUUUUGACUUUGUGCAGCCUUGUUUUAUACAUUUAUUUAGUUGUUGCUAUCAGCAUUUCCUAAAUCGUUUGCGUCCGAAAGAAAGCAAAUGCUAACUUCAUUGCAAUGUCCCGCGCUGUUGACGGGUUUAUUUUUAGUCGGAAACCGCUGCUGGGCUGAAGGUCCCGCCCACGCGCGGCGCGGCUCGGCUCGGCUCGGCUACUGAGUGUGGAUCAGACACCGAGUGACUUCAACGAGGAGGAUCUCACUACUGCAGUCUGAAACCAUGGCAGAGGAAGUAAGACACCUCUUUGGGAAUAGCACGUUUUUCCAUGGACUUCUACCUCUCCUGGGGCUUCUCUUGAGCGUCUGCACUGAAAGAUAGUAAUACAGGACUGGAAUGAAAUGACGAUAAGUAAAUAAUGACAAAAUCAUGGGUGAACCUCUGGGUGUGUGGGCCAACAAGGUUGUGGUUCCUGAGCAGGUGACUGCGGUGCUGGGGAAAAACGUUACUUUGACCUGCAGGGUGGAGGUCAGCACAAACCUCAGUCUGACCCAGAGUUCCUGGGAACGCCGUCUGCCCUCCGGCACUGUUACUUUGGCUGUCUUCAACCCCCAGUACGGGACCUCCAUAGCUGACGAGUACAGCAAACGUGUGCAUUUCAUCAAGCCCUCAGUGCGUGAUGUAUCCAUUGUCCUGCAGGGCGUUGGGUUUGCAGACAUUGGGACCUACACUUGUAAAGUUGUCACGUUCCAACUUGGAAACAUGCAAGCAUCCACAACUGUAGACAUCAUGGUGGAGCCAAAGGUCUAUGUGUCUCCUGGUUCCUUGUCUCUGACGGAUGGAGAUGGUGAAACUCUGGUGGCCAUAUGUACAGCUGAAAGGGGUCGUCCAGCAGCAGAGGUCUUCUGGGAAUCAGACUUCCCAGGCCAGUCAAAAGUCGUCAAACAGCCGGAGUCUGAAGGCACUACCACCACUUCAGCACACUACGUCUGGGCCCCCACCCGGGAUGCAUUUGGCCAGUCCAUCAGCUGUGUUGUACGUCACCCGGCCCUAUCCCAGGAUUUCCGCAUUCCCUACCGGCUCAAUGUGUUUUUCGCUCCAGAUGUUAUGGUGAAUGGCCUGCAGGACGUGUGGUACGUGGGACAAAAAAAUGUACUGCUGGACUGUAGAGCCAAUGCCAACCCACCUGCUUUUUUGUACAUCUGGACCAGACUGGACGCCCCGAUGCCUGCAGGUGUGGACACAUCUAAUGGCAGCCUGGUGUUUACUCGCCCUUUAGAGCCGAACGACUCUGGACAAUACAGGUGUGAAGUUCAGAACGAAGUUAGACACCACUUUAAGGAUGUACGCUUCCUGGUACAAGAGCCGCCCCCGACCACUGCAGCCCCCACCACCACCCGCACCACCAAGUCCAUCCUCCCUGACACCACCUUGACCAUAACAGCUCCCAUCAACCACCAUGCCCACUUCACCGCCCCGACUCAGGCCUCCCCGCCGGACAGCGGUCUGGGCACUAUCGUGGGCGGUGCUGUCGGUGGGAUCCUGAUCCUGGUGUUGCUGAUGGCGCUGGCGGGGGCUUUCUACAUGCGUCAGCGCCGAACAUUCAGAGGAGACUACUACACCAAACAGUACAUCGGCCCAUCCGACAUGCAAAAAGAGACGCAACUGGACGUCAUUCAACCCCAUGAGCUUCAGGACAUUUACGGCGACGACUCGGGCAACGGAAGCCAAGACUUGAAGCCCAAACCCGAAGGAGACAUUAUCUAUCCCGAUUAUCCCAGUGACCACAAAGACAUGGAGGGCUGGGGAGACAAUCUCAGCCUUCAGAGAGAGGGAACAUAUUACUCCGACCACCACAACCAUCAUAACGUGAACCCCAGCGGGCCGCCGCUACACAACGGCUCCCCUUACCUGCAGGACGAGUGCUACGACAACGGCACGGACAGCGACUACGUGUCUCACGUGGAUGGAUCUGUGAUUUCACGCAGGGAAUGGUAUGUUUGAAAAGGCAGGGGAGCUUUUACUGGACAACAAUAAUUUAAAAUCAGUUAGAAAGUGUUAUUUAACUCAGCAGAGUGAGAUAAAGUGUAUGUUAUAAACGUAUUUUUCAUGCUUGGUUUACGAUUUCAUCGGCUGUAAUUUACUGCAGAUAUGUUCUGGAUGGAUUUUCGUUCGGUGGACUGCUGUGACUUCAGGAUGUAAAGGGAGAGGUUUACAUGGUUUAUGAUCAUAGGGUGGAUUAACACAAAGAAAACAAGUCUGCUAAAAUUAAGCUACACUGUGUGCGUAACCAUUCCAGUUACCACACUGUACAUGACUGUUAGCUUUAAAACCAGGUGCAGCGUAUUCUUGGUUCUUUCCACUCACUUUGUUUUUCUUUUUUUUUUAUUAAAUGUAUACACAUGACUUCUCCUGUGUAGGAGCAAAACAUGACUUGAUUUUCACAUGAAAAGACACAUGAACUGAGUUUGAAAGUCUUUGAGUCUUACGUUUUUGUUGCAGGGAUUUUGUUUCUGUUUUUAAUCAGUAUUUUGAUCUAUUUUCGGAGAAAAACAAUAUCUACAUUUAUUAGAAUAUAUUAAUAAUUUAAUAGAUAAUUUGAAUAUCUUUGAGAGAAGCAAAAAUGGCCUAAGAUAGCAUACGUUGGUGUUCCAUUAAAAAUCAAGUUUUUGUAUGUAUUAUUAUUGCUAUUGUUGUUGUUGUCAUUAUUUUAAGCAAAAAACAAAAACAAAACAUAUUUUAACAUUGUUUAUAACAAGAAAAAAUGGCAGAGGGGUAAGACAAAUAACCAUAAAUAAAUAUGUAUUAUGCUAAGUAGUAUGCUAAGUUUAUUUCAUAUGAUGAUAUUAUAUAUUAUAUAUUCUCAAGAAAAUGUAUCUUAUUUAAAAUAAUUUUAAUAUGAUUAGAAUAAGUUACUUUUUUAAGAGUAAAAAUUGUGUAAGAUUAUAUAAAGAAUAUUUAAAAAAAAUGUUUUAGUGUUCAAAAUAAUAAGAAAAAUGAUCAGUGUUUUUAUUAAAACGUUUAGAAAGAAAUGUAAAGAAAAAUAAACUUAAUUCAGCUUAAUAUAUCAAAAACAUUUACAUAAUAAUAAUAUCUUUAAGAUACAUUUUUCUCGAGAGGAAAUUGCAUAAGAUUGCAUAAAAAUGAUUUUAAAACGUUUUUUAUUAUUAUUUAAAUGACCUUUUUUAGGUUUAUGUUUAAAACAAGAAAAGCAAUUGCCAGUUGCAUUACGUUUAUUAAAUUAACUUGUCAAAUAUCUUAUGCAUUUUUCCUUCUCAGCUCAAUUAAAUUAAUUGUAAAUGUGUAAAUAUAUUUUUUCUCUGAAAAAAGGAGAAAAAUACUGAUUAACAAAUUAGUUUUGCAGAAAUACAGUUUGUUUCACUCGACUCAACACAUGCAUUUGAACCCAGCUGGUCUAUAUUUUGAUCUAUUUCAUCACUCCCCUCCUACAGCAGUGUCUUUUUCAUUAAUGGAUAAGUUAGGGAGCAAUGGAAGCAGUCCUGGAAGAGUGGUUUUAUGUGGUUGUGCUGAGGACCUGUCAUAGGCUGAUGGGGGGUUGACGUUCACCGAGACAGAUCAAAAGGACCACGGUCGGCCCCAGUGGUUUUACCGAAGCCAUGUGGCAUUUGCCAAUUUACUUCAAUCCUUUUAAUUUUGUGCUGAUUUCUUUUUUUCUCUCCAUCUCUCCACCCUUGUUACUCAUACACUCCCAUCCCUGUGUCGAGAGCUUCGGAUUUCCCAGAAUAAACUGUCUGGCACGCAGCAGACAUGUGCAGCAUGGGCUUCCACUAGCAUGCCUCAACUCAAAGAUCCAACUUUGUAAUUAAUAUUUUCUGCCCUCUUGCAAACAGACCUCUCUCCGUUCUGUCUCCGAGUUGUGCCGAGCAUCUGUUCGCAAGCACGCAAGGUUGUUUUUCUCCAUGGGUCUCGAUGGUCACACGUUGCAUGCCUGUUGAAAAAGAUACGGCAGUUGCUAAUGCUCAGAUUCAUUGUUCAUAAAUCAGCGGCUUUGUUGCUACAGCUGCAGUACACUCUGUUUUGCAUUUUCAAGACCAAAAUCUUUUUCCGUUCAACAAGUUGGGCUGCUUCCCAUCUGUAUCUUAACGGGGCAGUUAUUUGUGCCGCUCAUUAUUAGAAAGAAAGUCUUGAAUCAUGUAAAAGAGCCCAUAUCGUAAGAGUUUACCAUACUGUAAAAGAAUUUGGAGGUUAAAACUCAACAUUCUCAACAAAUGCUCAGCUAAUGAACAAUGCGUAAAUAAUUUUGACACCAGAAUCUUUUAUAGUGCAUUUAUCCCCAGUAUUUUCAUUAUUUUAACUCCCUUUUUAACUAAUUUUUGUAAUUUCACCUAGAAAGAUUCAAAACACACACAAACACAAAUCCUUUUUAUUUAUUACUAUUAUUUCUUUGAUUUUUCUGACUCUUGCAUGCAUGGUCAAUGUAACACAAUUUCAUGAAGUUGUAUACAUGUACAAAGCUGUACAUUUACUACAUAAAACACUAUGUUUCUUCCUUUUGAAUAAAUGUCUAUUUACAAGCAGCCUUUGGCCGUACAUAAAAGCAUCAUAUAUUUAUUUUUUCACCAUUUAAUGACAUGCUUUUCUGUUCUGUAUUCCCAAAGUGUUAUUUGUGUUCCUGUUAUUACUGUAUUUUCCGGAUUUGCCUUUCUUUAACAAGACGACUCUUGUUUUUGCAAGUUUAAAAGCACCAGCAAUGGUGCAAACUCACUGGAUAUUUACAACAGUAGCACUUGUGAGUGUUACGGUGGCCAGUUGCGGUAUAUAUAUAUUUUUUUUGUACAUAUUCUAGCAGGAGAUAUUUGUCUAUGGACUAAACAUAUUUUUAUAUAAGGCCAGAACAUUAAGCGGAGGAUGUUCACGCUUAGUUAACAUGUGCUUUUUAUCUUCUCAUGUUCAUUUUUUUAUAUAUAUAUUUAGUUCUCAGGAGUUUGAAAGAUUAUUUUGUACAUAUUAGAGUUAUACAAAUGAUUGAUUGAGUUGCAAAUCAUUUUGGAAAUGAGAGAAAAACGUUGCUUUGUUUUUGAUGCCUUCUGUUUAUAAUAAAAAAGUUCUUUUUGGAACAUGUCAAA